GCUUGUGGUUGGGGAAGGUGUAGCAUAGGCGGGCCCUGCGCCCAGAGCUACUUGGGUAAGGACCAAGAUGGCUGCGUCAGGUUAAGAGCCGUGUGAGGCCGCUACCUGACGUUUCCUGUCAUCUCUUUGGAGGCCACGUCUGGCCCUCACUCUGUGCUAUUGAGGUGUCCUGUUGUAGGGGAGAGACUAGAACAAUGGCAGGGAGCCUCGCUGGGGGCGCAGGCAGGCGCCUUUGGGGCUGGGUGCCCCCGGCCUGCAGAAGCUUCUCUCUGGGUGUUCCAGGAUUGUUACACGUAAGACUCACCCUCCCGCCCCCCAAAGUAGUUGAUCGUUGGAACGAGAAGAGGGCCAUGUUCGGGGUGUAUGAUAACGUCGGGAUCUUGGGGAAUUUUGAAAAGCACCCCAAAGAACUAAUCAAGGGCCCCAGAUGGCUUCGAGGCUGGAAGGGGAAUGAAUUGCAGCGUUGUAUCCGAAAGAAGAAAAUGGUUGGAAAUCGGAUGUUCAUUGAUGACCUGCACAACCUUAACAAACGCAUCAGCUAUCUCUACAAACACUUUAACCGACAUGGAAAGUACCGGUAGAAGAGAAAGCUAGGAAUUGUGGAAGAGGCAUAUCUAUCACCCAGGAGAAAGGAAACAGUACUUUUCCUUAUGAGUAAAGGGAUUUGUGUGCUCUCCAUAAUAAAAUGGGGCUUCUUUGGAAUCUGUUAUCCAUAUACUUUAUUUUCCUUUAGAUGCUACUUUUACUCAUUCAUGUAGACUAUGAAGUCUGACUCAUCCCUAAGUCUUACUGUCUUAGGUUUGGACUUCAUCGAUUGUCCUUUGCAGUCUAGCCAUACUUAUGGCCUUUAAAAAAGUAAAAUUAUUGUUGGCA